AUGCCUUGUUCACCAAUAUCACCGACUGUCGGGAUCACCACCGAAGCUCUGGACUUAUACCGUGUAGCACAUCUUAGGAGCCCUCAAUUGUCUAUCCAGGCUUUCGUCAAGACUAUGUGCGACUUACAUGGUUUUCCACAGACAUCUAUCUCGACAAUUCUCGAUUGCGUUCGAUUAUAUCUUCAAGUUCGACGCUCCGUGGCAGCCAUGGUAGCCGAAUCGUUACGACACAACACGCCUGAUUGGCACGUGAAACACGCCUGUCCCGCAUGUACAUAUAAACUGACGGAUGAACCCGAGUUGACAUUUAGCUUACUCUACGCUAUGGACGAACUUCCAACAGGGCAGCAACUGGCAAGUGACCGCUACCUAUCCCGCACUUUUGUAGAUCAGUUCGCGCAGGACUCCACUACUGCAGGUGAUGAGGACGCACAUCUCGAGAACUUGUGCGAAGCACGCUGGAAGAACAUGGACGAUACGAAGACCAAGAAAGCAUGGGGCAUUUACGAUGAAACGGGCAUUUUUUGUGGCCGUGUGCCGCCACGGAUUCUCUCUCCUUGUUGCAGAUAUGGUACAGAGCGGGGAGCUUAUCCUCUAGCCAUUGUCUCAAAGUUGCUGGACGUAUUUGGAAGCAAUCUGGGCGGUGGAUAUGACAUUGGAUGUCAAUUCAAGACCACGCUUGACAACAGUUCCCUCGGACCCCUCGCACGGUCUAUGCAUCACACUUGUCUUGUCGGCGCCUUCCACGGACAUGCGCACCGGCGAUUGUGCCAACUGUACUCGCUUACCACUUACAUCAAAGGUUUAGGACUCGAAGAUCUCGAGACUUGCGAACAGACGUUUUCAAAAUCCAAUUCCUUAGCGUCGGCACUACGGUACGCAAGCGUCUUCCAUAGACAACAGGCCAUCGACACCUACUUCGAGCACAAUGAUGAUUUUGAAGUCUACGCUAAUCUUUCCGACUUUUUAUACAACAAUUACAAGCAGGCGCUUGAUAUCUUGAGCGACGGAGACGCGACCCUACCAAACCUUAUGCGAGAUCUCAAAGUUACGGACGUAGCAGUUUUCGAGGGCUGGCUGGCGGAAGAAAAGGUAUAUCUUCAAAGUCUGACGCGAGAACCCGAGGUCGAAACUCUGCAGAUGGAAUAUUGGCAGAAGUUAGUUAAUCUUACUGCGAGCGAGGAAAUUCUACGCGCUUCAAUGACAUCAUUCCAGGGCUCAUCGCACCUCGAGGCUGUGCCAUACGAUGCGCACGUCAAGAAUACUCGCAACGCUGAGACUGCCCAACGGCAUGCUUUGGAGGACCAUGAGAGAUAUUUGAAGCUCGUCCAGGCACUGGAGUGCAAGCUCGAGGUCGAGAAACGCUGGACUCCGCACGAUGGAGAGUGGCAGAGGGUUGGGAGGCUCGUGGCCAAUCGGAAAUACCAGCGUGCCCUGGACCGUCUCGAAGGAUUAAUUGUGGCACGCAUAUUUGAGCUAACGAGGAUGAACCGUGCGGGCACAGGCUACAAACUGCGAAAGCAUAUCGCUAAGGCGUUACAAAUGUGUUCCGUCGCCAUCAGAACUGCCCUCACCACAUACAACACUAUUGCUGGGUCAAUGCACCCUCCCCGCCGGACGCUUAAGUGGGAUGAGGUCGUAGAGUAUGCGUUCCUCGCAGACUUCGACUUACUACGUGAUACGUGCACGGACAUAUCUCGACACCCGUGGUCAUCGACCGCUGCUUGUAGCGUGAUGGACCUCUACUUCAAAACGUGUCGUGCUUGUGAAGAGAUCGAGCGUCUCGAUAUUGAGGUACGACGCCUCAUUACCUAUAUACGCGAUGAAGAGAGGUAUCUACGGGAAUGCGAGAAUCAGUUACAAGCCACCAGCCCAGCCCUUGCACAUCAAAUCGCCAUCCACCGAAACACUCGAGGUCGCUUCAACUCACGACAUCUCAAACGACUCUACGACAUUUCGAAGCUUCCAGGUUUCAGAGGGACGCUAACCCCUGGUGUCAGUGCGAACACAAGUCCCGGCGAGAGCGCGAGUAUAGCUAAUGCACAGAUCCCCACCCGCAUGAUUGUUCAACCCCCGCCUGUUCAUCACACCGCAUCGUCCUUAGCCGUAGACACCCAGGAUGACCUGGAUGAUGAGGAGGAAGAGGACGAGGUAGUGGAGCAAGUAUCUAGGAGUUUACAGGACGUCCUCCUUGUUGCGGAUGACUUUUCACGCCUUGGAAUUCAUGGUGAUGCUGAGGAGUAG